AUGUCCCUCACCGGCAAAGUCGCCCUCAUCACCGGCGGCGUCAAAAACCUCGGCGCCCAAAUCGCCCGCGAACUCGCCCCCCUCGGCGCCUCCCUCGCCCUGCACUACAACUCCGCCUCCUCCAAGCCCCACGCUGACUCACUGAUCCAAGAACUCACCUCCGCCCACCCCACCCUCACCAUCAAAAUCUACACCGGCGACCUCACCACCGAAUUCGCCAUCAACGCCCUCUUCACCUCCGUCAAGGCGGACUUCCCCAAAAUCGACAUCAUCAUCAACACCGUCGGCAAAGUCCUCAAAAAACCCGUCCUCGAGAUCUCCGAGGCGGAGUACGACUCCAUGUUCGCGAUAAACUCCAAGUCCGCCUUCUUCAUCCUCAAAGCCGGCGCGCAGCAUGUCGAGGACGGGGGGAAACUCAUCACGAUCGUGACGAGUCUGCUCGCGGCGUAUACGGGGGGUUAUACGAGUUAUGCGGGGAGUAAGGCGCCGGUGGAGCAUUUUACUCGUGGGCUGAGUAAGGAGUUGAUGGGGAGGGGGGUUAGUGUUAAUGCGAUUGCGCCGGGGCCGAUGGAUACUCCGUUCUUCUACCCGCAAGAAGGCGACGACGCCGUGGCGUUCCACAAGAGCCAGGCGAUUGGGAACCAUCUGACGAAAAUUGAGGAUAUUGCGCCGAUUGUUAAGUUCUUGGUUACGGAGGGCUGGUGGUUCAAUGGGCAGACCCUAUUUGCGAAUGGGGGGUAUACGACUAGGUAG